AUGGAGCUCUGGAAUUCCACUUUGGGAAAUGGCUUCAUCUUAGUGGGGAUUCUGAGUGACAGUGAGUUUCCUGAACUGCUCUGUGCUGCACUCACAGUCCUGUACAUGUUGGCCCUGACCAGCAAUGGCCUACUGCUUCUGAUCAUUUCAAUAGAUGUCCAGCUCCACGUGCCCAUGUACCUCCUGCUCAGGCAGCUUUCUCUCAUGGACCUCUUGUUCACAUCUGUUGUCACUCCCAAAGCCCUUGUCAAUUUCCUGCGCAGAAAAAACACCAUCUCCUUUGGAGGCUGUGCCCUUCAGAUGUUCCUGGCACUAACUCUGGGUGGUGCAGAGGACCUGUUACUGGCCUUCAUGGCCUAUGACAGGUAUGUGGCCAUUUGUCAUCCUUUGAACUAUAUGACCCUCAUGAAGCCAAGAGUCUGCUGGCUCAUGGUGGCUACAUCCUGGACCCUGGCAUCCUUGAGUGCCUUAGUAUAUACUGUGUAUACCAUGCACUAUCCCUUCUGCAAAGCCCAGAUCAAGCACCUGCUCUGUGAGAUCCCACCCUUGCUGAAGCUGGCCUGUGCCGAUACCUCAAGAUAUGAACUCAUGGUGUAUGUGAUGGGUGUGACUUUCCUGAUUCCCCCUCUUGCUGCUGUACUGGCCUCCUACACAUUAAUCCUGUUUACUGUGCUCCAUAUGCCCUCAAAUGAGGGGAGGAAGAAAGCCCUUAUUACCUGCUCUUCCCACCUGACUGUGGUUGGGAUGUUCUACGGAGCUGCCACUUUCAUGUAUGUCCUGCCCAGUUCCUUUCACAGCUUCAGACAAGACAACAUCAUCUCUUUUUUCUACACAAUUGUCACUCCAGCCCUGAACCCCAUUAUUUACAGCCUGAGGAAUAAGGAAGUCAUGAGAGCCUUGAGGAGGGUCCUGGGAAAACACAUAUUGCCAAUAUAA